CCAUCUCAUGUCUGAAGUUAGUUUUGAGUAAGAUGAGUUCUUAACGUUUCUAUAACAGCCACAUUGUUAUUUUCUUUUUAAAUUUUGUUUGAUUCAAAUUGCUUCUUUCAUCUACUGCUUCUUUAUUUAAACUCUCUGUUUCCUCUCUGCAUGCAUGUGCCACUCGUUAAUUAAACCAAUAGCUGCUGUAACCACAGAAUCUCCUACUGCUACUACUUCCAUCUCGCUCUCAAGUCUCAGAAGCAGAACCGCUUCAGCCGAAACACUACCAUCGUGAUGCAACCUCGCUUUCUUCUUGUAACCUUUCCGGCGCAAGGCCACAUAAACCCAUCUCUCCAAUUCGCUAAGCGUUUAAUACGUAUCGGUGUUCAUGUUACUCUUGCUACUACUCUAUAUGCGAAACGCCGCAUGACCAAAACCUCAUUCCCCGUCGGCUUGUCAUUUGUCACCUUUUCUGAUGGUUACGAUGAUGGAUUCCAGAUGGGUUACGAUGACCAUAACAACUACAUGUCGGAAAUUAAGCGUCGCGGCUCACAAACUCUAAGCGAUAUAAUCGUGGCCAGUGAGAAUGAAGGCAAGCCAUUUAGCUGUUUAGUCUACACGUUACUUCUUCCCUGGGCAGCUGAGGUAGCGCGUGCACAUAACCUUCCGUCUACACUACUCUGGAUUCAGCCUUCAACGGUUCUUACCGUCUAUUACUAUUACUUUAAUGGUUAUGGAGAUUUGUUUAGCAACUGCAGUGACCCCACUUACGUUGUCCAGUUACCAGGAGAGCUUCCAUCGUUCACUAGCCGUGACCUUCCCUCCUUUCUAAUUCCUUCAAACCCUUAUACUUUUGUACUCAAGGCAUUUAAAGAACAGCUAGAGGUCCUUAGCAAAGAAAGCGACCCAAAAAUACUCGUAAAUACAUUUGAUGCAUUAGAACCCGAAGCCUUGAAUGCUAUUGAGAAGUUCAAUAUGACUGCAAUUGGGCCAUUACUUCCUUCUGCAAUUCUUGAUGGGAAAGAUCCGUCGGAUACAUCCUUUGGAGGUGAUCUUUUCCAAAGUUCAAAGUGUUACAUAGAAUGGCUGAACUCAAAAACAAAAUCAUCAGUAAUCUAUGUUUCGUUUGGGAGCAUUGCUGUCGUGUCUAAACAACAAAUGGAAGAAAUUGCUCGUGGAUUACUGCAUAGCUCUCGUCCAUUCAUGUGGGUGAUAAGGGAAGAAUCACAUGGAAAUGGGACUGAAGAAAAUCAACUGAGUUGCAGGGAGGAAUUGGAAGAGAAAGGAAUGAUAGUGCCAUGGUGUUCUCAAGUGGAGGUUUUAUCUCAUCCAUCAGUAGGAUGUUUCGUGACGCAUUGUGGGUGGAACUCAACUCUGGAGAGCUUAGUUUCAGGCGUUCCAACUGUGGCGUUUCCACUGUGGACAGAUCAAGGAACAAAUGCAAAGUUAAUAGAAGAUGUAUGGCAAACAGGGGUGAGAGUGGUACCCAACGAAGAAGGGAUAGUAGUAGGUGAGGAGAUCAUCAGGUCCUUGGAGCUGGUCAUGGGAGAUGGAAAGAGAGCAGAAGAGAUAAGAAACAAUGCCAAGAAAUGGAAGGACUUAGCUAGAGAAGCAGUGAAGGAAGGUGGCUCUUCAGACAAGAAUCUUAGAGCUUUUGUGGAUGAAGUAACUGUCAUGAAUCAAAGAUAAGGUGAUUUUGGCAAAAAAUUCAAAGUGUUUUUGAUAGAGAUAAAUCCUUCUUAAUCUUAGCUACACUAGUUAUAUAUCCUUUGUGUCCGUUAUAUACUUAUCAUAAUUAUCCAGGUAACCAAUAUGUCAAGCUAAGGACAACAAUAUGUCACAGAUGCUGGUCCCAAUUUCUUUUCUUCAUCUGAUCAAAUUAACUUUUGUUUCUUCUA